GUUAGUUCGUGCUCUGCUUGUUAGCAUUUAAUUAAUAAAACGGGAGUUUACAAAAAGUAAACAGCGAGGCCAAUGCCAGGCGUAUUGCGAUGGUUGAAAACUGCUUCGGCAGUUCAGGUCAGCCACUUGCAGUCCCUGGCAGAGUGCUGGUCGGAGAAGGAGUCCUGACAAAAAUGUGUAGAAAGAAACCCAAACCCAGACAAUUCUUUCUUUUCAACGACAUAUUGGUUUAUGGCAACAUCGUGAUUAACAAGAAAAAGUACAACAAACAACACAUAAUACCAUUGGAGGAGGUAAAAUUAGAGUCUCUAGCUGACGAGGGACAAUAUCGUAAUGGAUGGCUCAUUAAGACAGUAACAAAGUCGUUUGCUGUUUAUGCUGCUACCGCAACAGAGAAACAAGAAUGGAUGGCACAUAUCACGAAAUGCAUCGAAGACUUGUUACGAAAAAGCGGCAAGAAGCCGGUCGAAGUUCAUGCAGCUGUUUGGGUACCAGAUAACGAAGCUACAAUUUGCAUGCAUUGUAACAAAACACAAUUCACAGUAUUAAACAGACGGCAUCAUUGCAGACAAUGUGGAGCUGUGGUCUGCGGUCCCUGCAGCAACAAAAAAUUAUUACUGCCGGGACAGGGAAACGGAAAGGCCGUCAGAGUCUGUCUGCAGUGCUACGAUGCUGCCAGUAAAGUCAAAGCUCUACCCGGGACUGCUGUGAAUAGCUUAAAUAACAAGGACCCGCAACGCAAUUCCGCCGACAGUUCGGGCGGAGAUAGUUCUGGCGACGACGACGAGGGAAACAAGGAGGAAAAUCACGAUGAGCCUAAAUUCUAUUCCACACUGGGCCGAUGAAAAUAACUGUACAUCACGACGAACAAUAUAAAUAAGACGAAAAUUUUAUGAAGAAAUAUUUUUAAUAUUGUAUUAUUAUAAAUAUAUAAAAUAUA